AUGAGCAAUUAUGACUCUGAGACAAGCAAACUCGUUAUAUUUGAUGAUUUGGUGCUCGAACCAAAGAAGACUCAAGCUCAAAUCGGUCAAUACUUCAUCGGAGCCGAAAAACAAGGAUGGAGUAUGAUCUACAUUAGUCAGAGCUACUUUGGUAUCCCAAAGACGAUUCGCAUCAACAGCCAAUAUGCGGUUCUCGGCCGUAACUUGACCCAACGAGAUCUUGCAAUUAUUUGCCGCGACUUUCCAAGUGAUAUGCCAGUCAAAGAAUUUAUUGAUCUUUACAAGCGAGUAACAUCUGAGAAGAUGAGCACUAUGUUAAUGGACAUCAUCGAAGGAAAGAUCUAUCGCAAUGUCAUCGAGUAUAUCUGCGAAAGGUAA